UUUUGAGACAUUGAUAAACGAUGCAGCAUACACUCAUACACUGCCUGUUGCUGGCUCUACUCGCAGUGUUACUGCUGUCGACUAGAGCAUAUGCCCGAUUUUUGCCCCCCCCAGUGGCGAUCCGGCUACCAGCCAUUAUUGCAGGCAAGAGCGAGAUGUCCAUACUGCCACCCAGACCAACAGCAGCCGCUGUGCGGUCAACCAGAGUCAACUCCCUUGUCAAAACCAGCUCCCCUGAGAUCCAAAAAGAGUCAAAGAAAAUUGUGGCACGAGAAGCAACGGAAGGAGCUCCCGCUCUGAAGAACAUUCGACGUGAUAAGCGAGAACUGCUUGUGGAUACCCCGUACGACUUUCACACGACGCACUUGUUCUGUGACUUCGACAUGCGGGGCAGGCACCGCCUCAUCCCCUAUAUGCCGAACCACUGCAUUUGGGUCUGGAACAACAAGUACGUCCACGAGGGAUUCUACCGCCUCUACAAGAUGUACCAGCUUGAGGCCUUCUCUUUUGGCCAGUACGCUUUGCGAUUGUUCCAGAUAGAAUAUGAAAAUUACCAACCAGACCUGCCAAAGGGAGCUUGAAUCUGUGGGAGAAAGAAACCAGAAAGCGCUGAUAUUGAAAAGGACGCCACAGAAAUAUCUUGGUUUUACACAAAUAUCUUGGAGAUAAGAUCUUUUUUCGAUAAUCUGAAGUUUGAAAUUCUAGUCGAAAUCAUAUCAAAUUUGAACUAAAAUCAAAGAAACCGCCCAAGAAAAAUCA